AUGAAAUCUUGGAGGAGGGAGGAUGCAUCUAUUUCUAGUUCACACAUGUUAAUUAAUGAAUCAAAUGAUGGAAUCAAAGGAAGAAGCAUAGAAAGAGUUCAUUUCUGCAGAAUGAAGCAAACGCUCGAUAACUGUUCCCGCCAAUUCCAUAAAUUGAAUGGGGCAAGCCACUUCUCAGCAGGCCUAGUAUUUUUUCAGAGCCAAACAAAAAGAAAAAUGUCUGAUCAUCUGACUCGAGAAUUGCUGGAAGAAAUUUUGUCAAGAUUGCCAGUGAAAUCAAUCCUCAUAUGCAGGUGCGUUUCCAAGACUUGGUACUCUUUAAUCACCAACCCUUCUUUCAUAGCCCACCAUCUCAAGAAAACCGCUGCAAGAAACAGUGGCCUACUUUUCUUUAGUUACAGCACCAGAGAACUUGUUUGGCCAUUUAAAGAAAAUGUGCGUUAUUUGCUAUACCCAGAUGAGUCUUUCCCUGCAAAUCCUAUUGAAGAACUUGAUUGCCCAUUUAAAGACACAAAGCGUUUUGUUGAUAUAGUGGGUUCUUGUAAUGGGGUCUUUUGUCUAUCUUAUGGUGUUUAUGGCAGAUACACUGAUGGAGCUGCUUUAUGGAACCCUAGCGUUAGAAAGAUUGUUAACAUUCCUUGUCCUAAUGUUACGUUUACCUCACAUGGAUUCUAUAAACACUUACUUGGAUUUGGCUUUGAUUCCGCUACUGAUGAUUAUAAGCUUGCGAGAAUAGUGUAUUUACCAGAUAGUAAUUUUAACUUUGAUAAGAUUCCGCCUUUGGUUGAGAUUUACAGUUUGAGUAGUAGGGGUUGGAGAAAGGUUGAUACUAAUGAUCUGAAAUAUGUCAUCGCUGAUUUCUCAACGUCUGCUUUUCUGAAUGGAGCUUGUCAUUGGGUUGCCACUAAGCCACUUAAUGGGCCUGGUGUAUGCGAUGCGAUUGUGUCGUUUUCCUUGGGAGAAGAGGUGUUUGGAGAAAUGGAGGUACCAGAUUGUUUGGUUAAGAAAUACCAGUUUGUGGAUGUUGCAGUUUUUGAUGGAUCACUUCUGCUGGUUGCAUCUUUUAAACUGACUGGGGAAGGCUGUUUUACAGUUUGGAUGAUGAAAGAAUAUGGUGUUCCAGGAUCUUGGACCAGACUUUUCGAUAUUCCUGAUUUUAAAUCACAUUUGAAAUGGAUAAGAAAGUUAGUUGCAUUUAGGCAAAGUGGUAAGGUUCUAUUGGCAAAAUUAUUUGGACAGCUAGUUUGCUAUGAUCCAAAGACAGAAGAAAUCUUUGAUACAAAAAUUCGGGGCAAUGCACACUCCUUUUAUUUGGAUACUUUUGUGGAGAGUCUUGUUUUACUCAAUGAAACAGAUGAAUUUACAGAAGUGGAAGCUUCUGAGGAUAAUGGCACAAGUGAAAUCUUGGAGGAGGUUGCUUCUAGUUCUAAUUCAUAG